AUGGCCGCUUCUCACCUCGCCGUCCUCUCCGUGCUCGCGCUCCUGGCCGUGGCCGCCACGGCGCAGGCCCCGGCGUCGUCCCCCGGAGCGGCGCCGCCGCAGGCGGCCACGCCGCCGCCCACCGUGGCCCCCGUGCCGGCCCCCAAGGCGCCCGCGCCGGCCCCCAAGGUCGCCGCGCCGGCUCCGGCCCCCAAGGCCGCCGCCACCCCGGCGCCCACACCGGCCGCCGCCGCGCCGGCUCCCGACUCCGCUGUAUCUCCCAGCCCCAGCUCCGACGUGUCGCCCUCCCCCGCCGCCGAGCCCCCGUCCACGACCUCCCCGACCGGCGCCGCCGCCGGCCUCCGCCCCGCCUUCGCGAUGUUCGCCGUCGCCGCCGCCGCCAUCUACGCCUUCUAG